AUGUUAUCCUAUGGCUUUUUGGUGGUUUUACUUUGUGACGAGGACAGUGAUUGCCCUUAUGCUGGGGAACGCUGCUGCAAAUCUACAGAAACUGGGAAGGAACUGGCCAAGGGGAUAUGUAUGAUGCGAACUUGUGGUGGUGAUGUUUGUCGCACCCAAUAUGAUUGUUUACCAAAUAAGAGAUGCGACGCUUCGCAAACCAGUCUUAGAUCUCGCUGUACGACUUUAUGCUACGGCGAUCAUCACUGUGAAGAGAUGUAUGGUCAAAAUAGCGGAUACAUUUGUAGUUACAGCGAAGUAUUGGAUCAGAAUCAAUGCGAGAAGAAAAGUGAUUCGACAAUCAAGUUGGAUUCUGAAACUGCUCGGUUCAUUUACAUUUCAUGUGCAAUAAUAGGUUUCUGUCUGAUCUUUGCCUGCUUGCGCCAUUGGAGGACGAGAAGGCAGUCAGCUAGGCAAAUGGCCACCAGAAAUGCAACCCUAAUAGGAAGAACAAAUGCACAGGAAAGAAGGAAUGUGGGAAGUCGAGCGGCUGAAAGACCAGAAGCAUUACAAAUGACCUCCAUUCAGACACACGAACAGUCAAAUGGUCCUGCCUCUGAUGCUAUUGCUGGUGAAGGGCCUCCUUCAUAUAUGGAGGUUGGAGACGUGCCACAGUCUCCUCCACCAACUUAUGAAGAGGCUACAAAAGUCUGA